AUGCGACGCGUCGCCGUCGCGCGCGCCGCGUUUUCCGGCGCCGCGCGCGGACGCGGACGACCGAGCGCGCGCGCGCGCGCGGACGCGCGGCGCGACGGGCGCGGACGCGCGCGCGGACGCGACGUCGCGCGCGCGUCGACGACGGGGACGACGCGCGAGGACGACGCGCGCGACGACGCGCGCGACGACGCGCGGGCGGCGUACGACGCGACGUACGAGGGGCUCGAUCGCGACGCGGGACUGGCGAUCGCCGAGCGCGCGGACCGCGGGAAGACGCGAGAGGACGAGUGGUUCUACGGCGAGUUGGAGUUCGCGGCGGCGCGAGACGCGCUGCGAAGAGUGUGCCCGAACGCGGGAGAAGGGCGAGAGUUCGUCGAUUUGGGAAGCGGACUCGGGAAAAUGGUGAUCGUGGCGGCGCUGAGCGGGCUGUUUGAACGCGCGCGAGGGGUGGAGUUGUUGACGGAGCUGCACGAGGCGGCGACGAGCGCGAGAGCGGCGUUCGACGACGCGUUGGCGCGAGGGGAUGGUGAAGUGAUCGAAGGCGCGCGCGCGUGCGAGGUGACGCUGGAUGAGGGCGAUUUGCUGAAUUACGACGUGUCGAGCGCGGACGUGGUGUACAUUCACGCGACUUGUUUCACGCCGCAGUUGCUGAGCGCGUUGGCGUUGAAGUUGGCGAGCGAGUUGAAAACGGGCGCGCGGGUGAUGAUCAUGAGUAAACAAUUCCCGGAAGGUUGGGUGUUCAAACCAUUCGACGGCGGUUACGCCGCGUUGGCUCAACCGCAGAGCAAAUGGAAGCUCGAUUGCUUUUUGUACGAAAUAUCGAGGUGA